AUGCUGUCACAUGAUGUGCGAAGCAUUACAACUCAUCGCAACCUAGAUAAAACAACGGAACUACGCGAGUCGCAAUUUGUGCUACCGGUAGACCCCAAGCAUCGCAGUACUAGCCUGUGGCUUCACGGCGUUAUAAUGUUAUUAACUGGCAUGUCGCUCAUUGUCUACCCUAUGUCCUACGCGGCGACCCUUGUAUCGCCGUGCCAAAAUCAACAGCUCAACAAGUUACUGUCACAUUCUCAACCCACUUUUAAGUUCAAAAAUCUAGAAGGUUGA